CGGCGGCGGAGCGGGGCGGCGGCGGCUGUGGAGACACCAACAAAUGGAACACAAAUUGACUUAAGCCUACGUGAGGCUGGUGACACCGAAUAAAGGGGAAAUUGGGGGAGCUGUGCUCUGUGCUUUCUUUCUGACGUAAUGGGAGUACAUAUUUGAGCAUGCUUGCUACUUAGCAGGAGAACUAAAGUUCAGGCACAAGAGGUUUUAAACUUAAAGAGUGAACAUGGGUGAAAAGAAGCCAGAACCUUUGGACUUUGUAAAAGACUUUCAGGAAUAUCUUACACAGCAGACUCACCAUGUAAAUAUGAUUUCUGGAUCAGUUAGUGGAGACAAGGAAGCGGAGACUCUUCAGGGAGCUGGGACCGAAGGUGAUCAGAAUGGUCUGGAUCAUCCUUCUGUUGAAGUUUCACUGGAUGAAAACUCAGGAAUGUUAGUGGAUGGGUUUGAAAGGACAUUUGAUGGAAAAUUAAAGUGUCGAUACUGCAACUAUGCCAGCAAAGGAACAGCACGGCUCAUAGAGCAUAUCAGAAUUCAUACAGGGCAAGGAGAUCCAAGACCUGAGUGUGGUUUUGCUCAGAAGCAUGGUGAGGAAGCAUGGCAAAGGGCUAAGACAUGGAUUGCAUGGACUAUAAAAGCUCAGAGUGAGAAGCCACACAGAUGCCAUUUGUGCCCCUUUGCAUCAGCUUAUGAACGCCAUCUGGAAGCACACAUGCGAUCACAUACCGGUGAAAAACCGUACAAGUGUGAGUUGUGUUCCUUCCGCUGCAGUGACAGAAGCAACUUAUCUCACCACCGGAGGCGCAAACAUAAAAUGGUGCCUAUCAAGGGUACAAGGUCUUCCCUAAGCAGCAAGAAAAUGUGGGGGGUUUUGCAGAAGAAGACCAGCAACUUGGGGUACAGCAGAAGAGCAUUAAUUAAUUUGAGCCCACCUUCCAUGGUGGUUCAGAAACCGGACUACCUUAACGAUUUUACUCAUGAAAUCCCAAAUAUCCAGACUGAAGCAUAUGAGAGCAUGACAAAACCAUCCCAGAGCAGCGGGUUGCCAAGAGAUCCACAAGACCUUAUGGUAGAUAAUCCUUUAAACCAGCUAUCUACGCUAGCCGGACAGUUAUCUAGCUUGCCGCCUGAAAACCAAAAUCCAGCCUCUCCCGAUGUUGUUUCCUGUCAAGAUGAAAAGCCUUUCAUGAUACAGCAGCCUACUGCACCUGCAGUCGUUUCAGCUGUGUCAGCAAAUAUUCCUCAAAGUUCAUCUCCAACCAGCCCUGAUCCCCGGCCCACACACAAUCAGAGGAACUACAGCCCGGUGGCAGGGCCGAGCAGCGAUCGCAGUGCCCACACCAGUACUCCCAGUAUAAGCAACAGCCAACCAAGUACUCCAGCUCCCACCCUGCCGGUUCAGGACCCUCAGCUUCUGCAUCACUGCCAGCACUGUGACAUGUACUUUGCGGACAAUAUCCUUUAUACGAUUCACAUGGGGUGUCACGGAUUUGAAAAUCCCUUUCAGUGCAACAUAUGCGGGUGCAAGUGUAAAAAUAAGUAUGACUUUGCUUGCCAUUUUGCAAGAGGACAACAUAAUCAACAUUGAGAACAUGCUUUCGUUUAUUUUUUUUUUUAACAUAUGACAAUAUAUUUUUCAUACUUGCUGAAGGAAAGCUUGCACGUUCCCAUAAGGAAUCUUCACGUUAAACAAUUGGAAAAAGGAGGCAAACCUAUUUCUUUGUUGUCAUAAAACUUGCCAGAGGAGUUUUGUAUAACAUGUGGUUGUUAUUUUAUAUGCAGCCUUUCAAAAAAAAAAAAAAAAGGAAAAAGCAAGUGAAGGUGUUACAAGAGUUGGAAUGCAUUAAGUUGUUGUGGUUGCUAAAUUUAAGUUGCUUGCACUUAAAAUCCCAAUAAACAUUCUACAGCUGUAGAAGCAGAGCACGUGUCCCGAAUGGAUGCAAUUAUGAGAUUAUUUACUAGGCAA